AUGGCGUUUAGUUACGAUUUUUUGACUAUUUUAACGUGCCUUGCAAUAAUUGCUCAGGCGCAGCAGACUCCAACAAUCUCCUACAUAACUCAGGAGCAGACCCGUGACAUUGGCGGACAUGUUGACUUGGUUUGCGCUGUCCAUGACGCCCAAGACUAUCCUGUGUUAUGGGUAAAGUACAAUCGCCUGAAUGAGACAGAGCCUCUACCCUUGUCGACUUCCUCUAGUUUGAUCACCAAGGAUCCGAGAUUCUCGUUGCAGUUUGAAGCUGCCUCCGGUACCUCUAAGCUUUCUAUAAAAAAUAUACAAGAAACUGACGCCGGCUUGUACCAAUGUCGUGUGCAAAUGUCCGUAAACAACAAGGUAACCGCCGAUGUAGAGCUACGAGUGAGAGACUCUCCGAUAUUUAUAGAUAAUUCCACGAGGUCGCUCGACACUAUCGCGGGAGAAACUCACGCACAGCAGACUCCAACAAUCUCCUACAUAAAUCAGGAGCAGACCCCUGUCAUUGGCGGACAAGUUGACCUGAUUUGCGCUGUCCGGGACGCCCAAGACUAUCCUGUGUUAUGGGUAAAAUACGAUCGCACGAAUGAGACAGAGCCUCAACCCCUGUCGAGUUCCUCUAGUUUGAUCAUCAAGGAUCCGAGGUUCUCUUUGAAGUUUGACGCUGCCUCCGGCACAUCUGAGCUUUCUAUAAAAGACAUACAAGAAACUGAUGCCGGCUUGUACCAAUGUCGUGUGCAAAUGUCCGUAAGCAACAAGGUAACCGCCGAUGUAGAGCUACGAGUGAGAAGCCCUCCGAUAUUUAUUGAUAACUCCACGAGGUCGCUCGUGACUAUCGCGGGAGAAAGUGUUCAGAUGGAAUGCUACGCUGGGGGCUUCCCGCCGCCGGAGAUCUCAUGGCGGCGUGAGAACAAUGUGAUUUUACCAACUGGAGGACUUAUUUACAGGUAA